CCAUUUCUUUCCAGCUGUUCCUUUAACCAUCACUCUAGCUGAAUAUCCCCUAGUCGUUAUGGCAGUUACUCUAAAAAGAUUAUCCUUCAUUUGCCCUUUCCUUUUCAGGAAUUUCCCUAUUCAAAACUUUCCUCUUUCGACUUCUUCGCGUUUUGGCACUUUCUGUAAUUUCUCCGUGUCCCCAACUAACCAAACCACGCUCCAAAGCAGUACUGCUAGCUCUGAAAAAGGAGCCGAAUUUGAUCACCGGGGGUUCUUAAAAUGGCAAAAUGGAGGUGGGUAUUUUCAUGAGUCAGCUUGCAUUGAUCCAACGGUGCUUAUUGAGAUCGGCGCCAUAGUUCAUUCAAAAUCUGUGUUGGGUGCGAAUGCUCAUGUUGGGUCAGGGACUGUUAUUGGACCUAGUGUUACAAUUGGUCAAUUUACAAAGAUCGGGUAUAAUACUGCACUCAGUAACUGCACUGUAGGGGAUUCAUGUGUAAUUCAUAACGGAGUUUGCAUAGGUCAAGAUGGAUUUGGAUUCUUUGUCGAUGAGGAUGGCAGCAUGGUCAAGAAACCUCAAAUGCUAAAUGCUAGGAUAGGGAACUAUGUGGAAAUUGGAGCUAAUACAUGCAUUGACCGCGGCAGUUGGAGAGAUACAGUCAUAGGAGAUCAUGCAAAGAUAGAUAACUUAGUGCAGAUUGGACAUAAUGUAGUUAUUGGGAACAGUUGCAUGCUUUGUGGACAGGUCGGCAUAGCAGGUUCAGUGACGAUAGGAGACUAUGUAGUCCUAGGGGGAAGAGUAGCAGUUCGUGAUCAUGUUUCUAUUGCAUCAAAGGUUCGACUUGCUGCUAAUAGCUGUGUCACUAAGGACAUCAGAACACCCGGGGACUAUGGUGGCUUCCCUGCUGUUCCCAUUCAUGUUUGGCGAAGACAAAUUGCAAUUCAGUGUCAGGGUUCGAACAAGGGGACAUCCUGAGGUUGUUAAUAGAUUAGUUUAUACAAGAAAGUAAUGUUUGAUACUUAUGUCCCUAAUAAUACCUAUUAUUUUCCUUUUUCAAGAAUGAUUUGAAGAGAGAGAGAGAAUGCUACCCGUCAAUGUAUUAUAGUUUAAACUAUCACUAAUGCAUGAUUCACCUUCAAUUUA